UGCGCGGCGCGGCGGGCCAUGGUGGCCGGCGGGGCGAUGGUGGCCGGCGGGCGGGCGCGGAAGCUGCUGCGGCGCUACCGGCUGGCGGCCGCCACGGCUCUCGCCAUCCUCCUGCUCCAGGGGCUCGUCCUCUGGAGCUCCGCCGGCCUCGAUGAGGAGGGCCUGGCCGAGGAGCGGCAGAAGAAAGCUGGGUUUCCUGAGAGCAGCGAUGGCUCCAAGGACUCGGACAGCUCUGCUGGGCGCCGGAGCAGCGCCAGCCGCAAGCAUGGCCGAUGGCGGGGCCGGCUGGACAGCCCCGGGGCCGUGGUGUCCAAGGUGGUGAGAGCUGUCACAGCCAGGCACAAACCGGGAUGGAGGCUGCCGGCCAUGCUGGAUUCUUCCAGCCACAGGAACCUGACGGAGCUGCGUGGGGAGGCCCAGCUGGCCGUUUUCCAGCAGGGUGACACGGGCAGCGUGGAGGGGGCUCCCCAGCCCACUGAGAACAGUUUCACCCCCAAGUGCGAAAUCACGGGCAAGGACGCCCUGUCGGCGCUGGCCCGGGCCAGCAGCAAGCAGUGCCAACAGGAGAUUGCCAACGUGGUGUGUCUGCAUCGGGCUGGCAGCCUCAUGCCCCAGUCCGUGCCUCGCCACUGCCAGCUCUCAGGCAAGGUCAGCCCUGUGAUCCAGUGGGACGAAAGCCGGCUGCAGCAGGGGCCCCCCAGCCAGCCUGUGCGCAUUGCCUACAUGCUGGUGGUGCAUGGCAGGGCUGUCCGCCAGCUGAAGCGGCUCAUCAAGGCCGUGUACCACCAGCAGCACUUCUUCUACAUCCACGUUGACAAGCGCUCCAACUACCUCCAUCGCGAGGCUGUGGAGCUGGCCCGGCACUACCCCAACAUCCGAGUGACACCCUGGCGCAUGGUGACCAUCUGGGGAGGUGCCAGCUUGCUGAAGAUGUACCUGCGUAGCAUGAAGGACCUCCUGGAACUGUCUGAGUGGCCCUGGGACUUCUUCAUCAACCUGAGUGCCACUGAUUACCCCACAAGGACCAAUGAUGAACUGGUGAUGUUCCUGUCCAAAUACCGAGAUAAGAACUUCCUGAAGUCACAUGGCCGAGACAACGCCAGGUUCAUCAAGAAGCAGGGCCUGGACCGCUUGUUCCACGAGUGUGACUCGCACAUGUGGCGACUGGGCGAGCGCCACAUCCCCGAGGGCAUCGUGGUGGACGGCGGCUCUGACUGGUUCUCGCUGACACGCAGCUUUGUGGAAUAUGUGGUCUAUGCUGAGGACCAGCUGGUGUCCCAGCUGCGCCAGUUCUACACCUACACGCUCCUGCCAGCUGAGUCCUUCUUCCACACGGUCCUGGAGAACAGCCAUGCCUGCGAGACGCUGGUGGAUAACAACCUCCGAGUGACCAACUGGAACCGGAAGCUGGGCUGUAAGUGCCAAUAUAAACACAUAGUCGACUGGUGCGGGUGCUCCCCAAAUGACUUCAAACCCCAGGACUUCCUUCGGCUACAGCAACUCUCCAGACCCACCUUCUUCGCCCGCAAGUUUGAGUCGACGGUGAAUCAGGAGGUGCUGGAGAUCCUGGACACACACCUGUAUGGCAGCUACCCCCCCAACACCCCGGCCCUCAAGGCCUACUGGGAAAACGUCUACGACCGUGUCGACGGGCUCGGCGGCCUCACCGAUGUCACCCUCACCUUCUACACAGCCUUCUCCAGGCUGGGGCUCCACAAAGCCUCAUCUGCGCCGGCAGCCAAGGCUGACAAGCUCUGCAGAUUUGAGCCUCGAGGCUUCCCCUCCAGUGUGCACUUAUAUUUCUAUGACGACCGUUUCCAGGGUUACCUGGUGAUGCAGGAAGUGCAAAAUUCGGCAACUGGGCAGACAGAAUCCUUGGAGAUGUGGAUGAUGCCCCAAGGAGCUCUGAAGCUGUCAGGUCAUGGAGGGCAGGCAAACCGCUUGCAGAACCUAGAGGUGGGCACGGAGUGGGACCCCAAGGAAAGACUGUUCCGCAACUUUGGAGGCUUGAUGGGGCCUUUUGAUGAGCCAGUGGCCAUGCAGAAGUGGUCACGGGGCCCCAACCUGACGGCCACGGUGGUGUGGAUUGACCCCACCUAUGUCAUUGCCGCCUCCUACGACAUCACGGUGGAUGCUGAGGCAGAGUUCACCCAGUACAAGCCCCCCCUGAACCACCCCCUGCGCCCUGGCGUCUGGACCAUCCGCCUCCUCCAGUUCUGGGAGCCUCUGGGGGAGAACCAGUUCCUGGUGGUGCCUCAGACCUUCAACCGCAAGCAGCCUCUCAGGAAAGAUGACAGCAGCUGGCUGCAUGGUGGCCCCCCCCGGAAUGAGUACAUGGACCAGAGCUUCCAGGGCCUGGGCGGGAUCCUCAGCCUGCCGCGCUCCGAGGCGGCACAGGAGGACGCGGUGCAGAAGGCACGGCUGACGGGCAAGGAGCUGGAGGACUGGGCAGAUGCUGCCAUCAGCACCUUCUGGUCUGCAGAGAAUGUCUGUGUCAGCAGCCCCUCUGCCUGCUCUUCCCUGGAGACCUGCAGCAAAACCUCCUGGAGCUCCCUCUCCCCAGACCCCAAAUCAGAACUGGGGCCCGUCAAACCUGACGGGCGGCUGAGGUAGCAGGAGCAGCCAGAGGGCAGCCUUGGGAGCAGGGAGCAUCCUCUGUUUCUGAUUUGGGGGUGUCUCUGGACCACAUCACCCUGUGCCAUUUGCACCGUAGUCGCUUGAGGAAGAAAAAAUGGGAACCUCCAGGCAGGGGAGAACCUUCUCCUGUGGGGUAUUUUGGGCAGAGGGAGAGGCAUGAGGUGGGUCUUGCCCGUCUCUGCAGGAAUGAGUCCUUGCUGGCCAGGGAGAGCAUGCUGGAGUGCCCAUCCCUGUGGGGGCAUGGCAGGCACCUGGGAAGAGCUGUGUGUUUGUUACUCCAGGCCUUGGAGCUUCAGGAAAGGGUGAUGUGGGAGGGAGGG